AUGGAAGAAAAUUUAGAUAGGAUGUUCUCGACUACAUUUGCUACCGGUGAACAUGCCUGGGCACCUUCAUCUGGAGUACUACCACCAGAGUCAAGAGAGGAAUCUGUAGGACAAAUUGAUUCAUAUGAUGAGGAAGAAAAUGAGACUAUGCAGGAUCUAAGGCAAGCAAGUAGGAAGGGAAAAAAAAGAGCGGCUAACCAAGGAGAAUUGGGAAAGAAGAAGGUUGAUAAGAAAGGGAAAAAAAUUGGAGGUGCUGCAAAACUUUGUGGUCAAAUUGACCGUCUUGUUGAAGCUUAUGAAACUAGGAGUUCUGCAAACUCAUUGAUGAGGUCGCUGCAUAUAGAGAAGCGAGAGGUUACAGGUAUAUUCAAUAUGAACACCUCUGAUGAUGAUGUUGAGGAGUUGGAGGAUGGUGAUUGUAUUGGUGCCAUAGAUGGAGUGCACGUUGAGGCUUCAAUACCACCUCCGGAUCAAGUUCCGUACAUUGGUAGGAAAGGAAUACCAACUCAAAAUGUUAUGGCUGCAUGUAAUUUUGAUAUGCAAUUCACAUUUGCUUGUGCCGGAUGGGAAGGCACUGCACAUGAUACAAGGGUUUUUCUAUCCAUGCUACGGGAUCUAAAUUUAAACUUUUCCAAGCCUCCAAAUGGAAAAUAUUACUUGGUAGAUGCGGGGUACCCACAAAUAAGAGGUUAUUUGGGACCAUACAAAGGUGAAAGAUAUCAUCUCCCGGACUUUCGUAGGGGUGCCGAACCAACGGGUCAUAAAGAGGUAUUCAACUACAGACAUUCUUCUCUUAGGAGCAUCAUUGAACGAACUUUUGGGGUAUGGAAGAAAAGAUGGGCAAUUUUAAGGGACAUGCCUAAUUACCCGUUCAAUAAGCAAGUGAAGAUUGUCAUUGCUACAAUGGCUCUUCAUAACUACAUACGGAGGUAUUCUGAACGUGAUCGUCAUUUUGAUGACCCCAGAGACUUUUGUGAAGAGAGCGAUAGUAGUGAUGAUGAUGAUGAUGAAUAUCAAAAUUAUCAAGUUGAAGGAUCACAUGAAAUAGAGGCAUUAAGAAAUAGAAUAGCAACAAGUUUGAUGAAUGCAUCUAAUUAG